GGAGGGCGGCGGGGGCAAGGCAUUCACACGUGAAUGAGGGAGGGGGAGCCCACCCCCGCUACCAGCCAGCCAGCCAGCCUUUGGGGCCUCCACUCACUCACUCACUCAUUCAUGGCUCUCUCUCCCUUUCUCACUCCCCCUCGCCCUCUCUGCUUCACACUUUCUUCCUGCGUGCGUGCGUCGGCAACACACACACACACAGCCUGCGAAGCCUUCAAUGUCGAUGUCCAUGUUUUAAUCAUCAAUGUGCAGGUUGGAUCUCUGCUUGCAUUCGUUCUAUUGAGUUCCGGAAGCCGCUAUGAGUGCAAUGACUAAAUCGACUCUUGACAUAUCCGUGCCACAUGACGGAUACUGAGGUACAAGUUUUGCCUUCGUUUUAGGAGGAGCCGGGGAGUAUUGUGUGAGGUAGGGCAUUGAGCUUUUCUGGCGGGGACUGAUCGACGGGGAGCUGAUUUGCGGCGGAUUGCGCGUCGACAUGGGGUCCGAGGACGUGUUGGAUCGCGAUGUGUUGUUUCGGAAAAUCAAGACCAGGUCGGAAAACAAGAUGUGUUUUGAUUGCAAUUCCAAGAAUCCAACCUGGGCGUCUGUAACUUUUGGAAUACUUAUAUGCCUGGACUGCUCAGCAACACAUCGUAGUCUCGGUGUGCACAUCAGCUUUGUCAGAUCCACUACUUUGGACAGCUGGAACCAAGACCAAUUGAAGUUGAUGAGCUUGAGUGGCAAUGGCCGGGCACACGCGUUCUUCAAACAGCACGGUUGGAUAGAAGGAGGACGUGUCGAAGCAAAGUACACCUCCAGGGUAGCAGACCUCUACCGCCAGCUCCUGGCCAAAGAAGUGGCCAAGAGUGUUGAUUCUGCGACUUGCAGCAUUCCUCAGAAGUCGCCAGAUGAGGCUUCGUUCACCAAAUUGGAGAAUCACUUUAGCAUACGACACCCAAAAGAGAUUUCGAGCCCGACACUUGCUCCUUCGUCUGGACCUAAGUCUGCUCCUUCCAUUUCUUCCUCACCUACCCCAGUUAUUAAUACACGACUAAGUAGCAUUCCAACAAGGAAGCUAUCUUCAUCAAUUGGAGCUAAGAGAAUUGGUGCAGUCAAAUCUGGAAGUCUUGGAGUGAAGAAACUUAUUACUAAGCCCAAUGAAGAUAUUUAUGAUCAAAAGCCGGCUGAGGUACAAACAACAGCACCAGCACCUUUGCCUGCAGAAACUUUGAAGCCAGCCCCACUGUCAUCGCGAUUUUUGUACAUGGAUGAUAAUCAAGCAUGCAAUAACUCUGAUCACAAAAACUCGAACUCUAGCCAUGUAGCUGCCCCCUCAACAAAUGCUGAUUUCUUCUCAGAGUGUGGAGGAUCUUCAAUGAAAUCCUCUUUCGACAGUGGACGUACUAAGGCAUGGAACUCGUCCGCUAUAUCUAGUGCUGCCUAUUUUGACCGUGAAGAAGUUGGUUCACCUGAUAGUUCUAUUGAUGCGACUGCAAGUGAGCUCAUGUCUAAGCUCACAUAUCAGGCCUCACAGGAUAUUUCAGCGUUGAAAAACAUGGCGGGAGAAACUGCGACGAAGUUUUCGUCCUUUGCUUCAAGUUUUAUUUCUGAUUUACAGGAUCGUAAUUGGUAAAUCCCAUUUAGUCCGUGGUUCGCGACUUGCACACUAAAUUUGUAAAAGUGACAACUGCCGUCGGGAAAAAUAAAAAUAAAAAUAAUUUAUUAAAAUGUCGAAAGUAUAUUUAUAUUA